AUUCUUAACGUUCAUUCUAAAUUCAGGUGUUUGCUCCAGUGUCAUCAGCUCAGAGGCCUUCCAUGUCCACCACUAAGACAUAUCCUUACUUUACUUAUUGGACAGUUUUUUCUUAAUAGCACUUAAAGCUUACCCAGAAUUACGCAAACUUUAUAAGUGAAAAACAUUUUGGUCACUUUAUCCCUGGUGUCUGGCAUAUUGACAUUUGUUGAGCGAAUAUGAAAAUGAUGGGUGUUGGACUAAAAAUGGGUAGUAGUGAUGAUUACACUGGAAUUGGAAGUGUCUUGGUUUGAGGAAGGAGUUCAGCUUCAGACAUUUUGAAUCUGAGGUAUUCAAGAAAUGUCAAGCAAGCAGUUGGAAUUUGUUAAAUUAGUUCAACAAUCUGGCCCAAAGACAAUGUAUAAGAAUAUACAGGUGGUUCUUGUAGUAGAAGAAUAUAUAGGUGGUGCUUGUAAUAUGCUUGGGCGAGUUCGCCUGGGAGCUGGGCGGGAGGAAGAAGUAUUUAACAAGAGCAGAGCCCCAGAGCUGAUUUUCAGAAGAGCGCCAUCAUUUGAUGUCCAGUUUAGGCCUAAAGGGAAUUUACAAAGUACCCGCACCGGUGGGUAGAAAUACUUAGUUUCCGACAGGUCUACAGGGCCCUUUCUUCAGGUGUGGAAGAUCAAGUGAAUAAAACAGGUCUGCUGAUCGAGUUUCCUCAUUUUGUCACGUUAAAAUGGGAAGUUAUUUAAAUAAAAGGGUAAAAUUACGCACAGAUCCCUGGAGUCGGUCGUCUCGUAUAACUAGGAUAAACACUAAGAGCCUUGGACCCCCUUACCGUGUGCUGCCCCGGGCCUGUCUGGUAACCCGGGCUCGCCCCAGCACAGCGGCAAGCGCUUAUUUUGUCCCUCGGAGCCAGGGCAUCUUGAUUCUGAUACGAGAGGCAAAUCGCACCCGUGCCACUCGGAGCAGAGACUAAAUUCCAAAACCGCGCUGGCCACGUAGGCUGCAGCUCCGCCUCCCGGGCAUCUGACGUCAUCACACGGAGACAUGGUUGCCGAAAGUCCCCGCACGCACGCCGCACCGCGCCGUUAGUGCGCUCGCGCACAUGGAGCCUUUCAGUGCCUGAGCAGGACGCGCGUCGCGGAGUGAGGCCAGCGCUGAGAGCGCGCGGUCAGGCAUCGCUAGGGGCAGCCCGCCGCUCCCUCUGGGCUUCUGGAGUAAUUGGGUUUCCCCACGUGCUUCCGCUUGGCUGCUGGCUGGGAUCCGCUGGGUUCGGGGUGCAGGUACCCAAGACGGGAUGGCUGGGGAUGGGUACCAAGUGAUAGUCUUUCACCAUGCAUCGGAAGAAAGUAGAUAACCGAAUCCGGAUUCUCAUUGAGAAUGGAGUUGCUGAAAGGCAAAGGUCUUUGUUUGUUGUAGUCGGAGACCGAGGAAAGGACCAGGUGGUCAUACUCCAUCACAUGUUGUCCAAAGCAACUGUGAAGGCUCGGCCUUCAGUGCUGUGGUGUUAUAAGAAAGAGCUGGGGUUUAGCAGUCAUCGGAAGAAAAGAAUGCGACAGCUACAGAAGAAAAUAAAGAAUGGGACGUUGAACAUAAAGCAAGAUGACCCCUUUGAACUCUUCGUGGCGGCCACAAACAUCCGCUACUGCUACUACAAUGAAACCCACAAGAUCCUGGGCAACACCUUUGGCAUGUGCGUUCUCCAGGAUUUUGAAGCUUUAACUCCAAACUUACUGGCCAGAACUGUGGAAACAGUGGAAGGUGGUGGGCUGGUGGUCAUCCUCCUACGGACCAUGAAUUCGCUCAAGCAAUUGUACACAAUGACCAUGGACGUGCAUUCAAGAUACAGGACGGAGGCCCAUCAGGAUGUGGUGGGACGGUUUAACGAGAGAUUUAUUCUCUCUCUGGCCUCUUGUAAGAAGUGUCUUGUCAUCGAUGACCAGCUCAGCAUCCUGCCCAUCUCCUCCCACGCUGCCAGCAUUGAGGCCUUACCUCCCCAGACCCCGGAUGAGAGUCUUGGUCCUUCUGAUCUGGAGCUGAAGGAGUUGAAGGAGAGCUUGCAGGACACCCAGCCCGUGGGCGUGUUGGUGGAUUGCUGCAAGACCCUAGACCAGGCCAAAGCUGUCUUGAAGUUCAUUGAGGGGAUCUCUGAAAAGACCCUGAGGAGUACUGUUGCGCUCACGGCUGCCCGAGGAAGGGGGAAGUCUGCAGCCCUGGGAUUGGCUAUUGCUGGGGCAGUGGCUUUUGGGUACUCCAAUAUCUUUGUUACCUCCCCAAGCCCUGAUAACCUCCACACUCUUUUUGAAUUUGUAUUUAAAGGAUUUGACGCUCUGCAGUAUCAGGAGCAUCUGGAUUAUGAGAUUAUUCAGUCUCUCAAUCCUGAAUUUAACAAAGCAGUGAUCAGAGUGAAUGUAUUCCGAGAACACAGGCAGACCAUUCAGUAUAUACAUCCUGCAGAUGCUGUGAAACUGGGCCAGGCUGAGCUCGUUGUGAUCGAUGAAGCCGCCGCCAUCCCCCUGCCCCUGGUGAAAAGCCUCCUGGGCCCCUACCUUGUGUUCAUGGCAUCCACCAUCAACGGCUACGAGGGCACUGGCCGGUCCCUGUCCCUCAAGCUGAUUCAGCAGCUCCGUCAACAGAGCGCCCAGAGCCAGAUCAGCACCACUGCUGAAAACAAGGCCACAGCGACAGCCAGACUGGCAUCAGCGCGAACGCUGCAUGAGGUUUCCCUGCAGGAGUCCAUCCGAUACGCCCCCGGGGACGCGGUGGAGCAGUGGCUGAACGACUUGUUGUGCCUGGAUUGCCUCAACAUCCCCCGGAUAGUCUCAGGCUGCCCCCUGCCUGAGGCCUGCGAGCUCUACUACGUUAACAGAGAUACUCUCUUUUGCUACCACAAGGCCUCCGAAGUUUUCCUCCAAAGGCUUAUGGCCCUCUAUGUGGCUUCUCACUACAAGAACUCCCCCAACGAUCUCCAGAUGCUUUCUGAUGCGCCUGCCCACCUUCUGUUCUGCCUCCUGCCCCCGGUGCCCCCCACCCAGAAUGCCCUUCCCGAAGUGCUUGCUGUCAUCCAGGUGUGCCUGGAGGGGGAGAUUUCUCGCCAGUCCAUCUUGAACAGCCUGUCUCGAGGCAAGAAGGCUUCGGGGGACCUGAUUCCAUGGACCGUGUCCGAACAGUUCCAAGACCCAGACUUCGGUGGCCUUUCAGGUGGAAGGGUCGUUCGCAUUGCUGUUCACCCGGAUUAUCAAGGGAUGGGCUACGGCAGCCGAGCUCUGCAGCUGCUGCAGAUGUACUUUGAGGGCAGAUUCCCUUGUCUCGAGGAAAAGGUCCUUGAGACGUCACAAGAAAUUCGUACCGUCAGCAGCGAGGCUGUCAGCUUGUUGGAAGAGGUCAUCACUCCCCGGAAGGACUUGCCUCCCUUACUCCUCAAACUGAAUGAGAGGCCUGCUGAGCGCUUGGAUUACCUGGGUGUAUCCUAUGGCUUGACCCCCAGGCUCCUCAAGUUCUGGAAGCGAGCUGGGUUUGUUCCUGUGUAUCUGAGACAGACCCCGAAUGACCUGACUGGAGAACACUCGUGCAUCAUGCUGAAGACGCUGACUGAUGAGGAUGAGGCUGACCAGGGAGCCUGGCUCCCGGCCUUUUGGAAAGACUUCCGAAGGCGGUUCCUAGCCCUGCUGUCCUACCAGUUCGGCACCUUCUCGCCUCCCCUGGCUCUGAACAUCAUUCAGAACAGGAACAUCGGGAAGCCAGCACAGCCAGCACUGUGCCGGGCCGAACUGGAAGCCCUCUUCCUCCCCUAUGACCUGAAGAGGCUGGAGAUGUACUCACGGAACAUGGUGGACUAUCAUCUCAUCAUGGACCUGAUCCCGGCCGUCUCCCGGAUGUAUUUCCUAAACCAGCUGGGGGACCUGUCCCUGUCUGCGGCCCAGUCAGCUCUUCUUUUAGGCAUUGGCCUCCAGCACAAGUCUGUGGAUCAGCUGGAAAAGGAGAUUGAGCUGCCCUCAGGCCAGUUGAUGGGACUUUUCAACCGGAUCAUCCGCAAAGUGGUGAAGCUAUUUAAUGAAGUGCAGGAGAGGGCCAUUGAGGAGCAGAUGGCAGCAGUGAAGGAUGUGGUUAUGGAGCCCACGAUGAAGACCCUCAGUGAUGACCUGGAUGAAGCAGCAAAGGAAUUCCAGGAGAAACACAAGAAAGAAGUGGGGAAGCUGAAGAACAUGGACCUCUCUCAAUACAUAAUCCGUGGAGAUGAUGAAGAAUGGAAUGAAGUUUUGAACAAAGCUGGGGAGAAUGCCUCCAUUGUCAGCCUGAAGAGUGACAAGAAAAGGAAGCUGGAAGCCAAACAAGAACCCAAACAGAACAAAAAGUUGAAGAAAAACAGAGACAUGAAGAAUAAAAAAGAUAUGAAACUGAAGCGGAAGAAAUAGGAAGGUGGGCAUCCGUGGCUGAUGCGUAAGGAGAGGAGUCUGACGUGCUGAGCUGUCUCUGGCUGGACCGGGUGGCGGCCUGGAUGUUAAAAGCAACGAAGUCCCCAUCAGACCCAGAAGCUGCCCAGGAGUUCAGUCCGUGGGCCAAGCUUGGCUUAAGGCGACGUCCCUUCUGUGCUGGUCCGCUUAGAACUGGACGGUUGGACAAACCUCUGGUGCUGCUGAGGGCCUGCCUCCCCUCCCCCUGUCCAGGUCUUUUUUCCCCCAUAAGUUCACACUUUGCUCUGGGCCCAGCUGUUUUGGCCCCUUCCCAUCUAUUGGAGCCAUGCUGACUCUUGUCCCUUCUCAGACAUUAAAUGCACAACCUUCUGGUGAUGCUCAGGAGGCCCCUGAUGGAGCCCUGGGCCUCUCGUCGUGGCCUAGAGCAGCAGGAGCUCUGGUCCAACCACGUGGCCGCGGCAGGUUACUGUUCUGUGCGCUGGGCUUUGCUCUGCUGUGAAGCAUUCCUCUCCUGGCUCCGCAGGCCUGCUGCCCUGUGUCCCUGGAGAGCUUGAGCUCUUCAUUUAGGAAAAGACUAUGACAUUGAGUCCCCAGAUCUGUUAUUUCAUCUAUUUGGGAAAAAAUGUGCAAGACCAUUUUGCUAGCAGGGGUGAGGGAGGGAUAGAGAAUCUAUUUUUAAUAAAUAACAAGCUAGAAAGAC